AUGGAUCGAAGUUGGAUGAACGCAUCACGUAUAACUGAAGAGUACGAGAAUGGUGUUGAAGAGUUUUUGCUGUUUGCUCAAAGUAAAGCGCAACCUAUGUGGGGAAAAUUUGUUUGUCCAUGUGUUAAGUGUGGAAAUGGGAGGCGCCAAACAAUUGAUGACAUAAGAACUCAUCUUAUUUGUGAGGGAAUAAUUCGUAGCUACACAAAGUGGAUAUGGCAUGGGGAAUCCCUCGAUACAGCUGACAUGUCACAGGCUGACGAUGUUACUGCAGACAGCGAAAAUCCUAUAGAAGAAAUGAUUCGCGAUCUUGGGCAAGAGGGGCUUGAAGAGGCACAUGCAGCGUUGUAUGACAACAUAGAAGUUGAUUCAAAAAUGCCUUUGUAUUCCGGCUGCAUAUCUUUCACAAAAUUGUCAGCUGUGUUAGCUCUGGUUAACUUGAAGGCUCGAUUUGGGUGGAGUGACAAGAGUUUUAGUGAGUUGCUGAUGUUGUUGACAAACAUGCUUCCUCCUGAUAACGUCUUGCCAAAGAAUCACUACCAAGCAAAGAAGAUUUUAUGUCCAGUUGGGAUGCAGUACGAAAAAAUUCAUGCAUGUUGUAAUGACUGCAUUUUGUACAGAGAUGAUUUUGCUGAACUAGAUUACUGCCCUGUGUGUGGGGUUUCUCGGUACAGACCGACCAACGGAGAUUCUACUGUACUAGUCUCAAACGCCGACCGCCGUCCAGCAAAGGUGUGUUGGUAUCUCCCAAUAAUACCAAGGUUUAAGCGGUUGUUUGCUAAUGGGGAAGAUGCAAAGAACCUUAUAUGGCAUGCAAAUACCAGAAAAUCAGAUGGAUUGAUGCGACAUCCUGCAGAUAGCCCACAAUGGAAGGCAAUUGAUCGUCUGUAUCCUGAAUUUGGGGCCGAGCCUAGAAAUUUAAGGCUUGGUCUUGCAACGGACGGAAUGAACCUCUCGUGGCCCGUUUUGCUGUUCAUUUAUAAUCUCCCUCCGUGGUUGUGCAUGAAGCGAAAGUAUGUUAUGCUGAGUAUAAUGAUAGCUGGUCCAAGACAACCAGGUAAUGAUAUUGACGUAUAUCUAAGACCGUUAAUUGACGAUUUGCAGAAAUUGUGGGAUGAAGGGGUUGAUGUAUGGGACGCAAAUUUGCAGCAUGCUUUCAAGUUGCGUGCAAUGGUUUUUUGUACCAUCAAUGACUUUCCAGCCUACGGAAAUUUAAGUGGAUAUAGUGUCAAAGGACAUCACGCAUGUCCUAUAUGUGAGCAGAAUACUAGUUUCCGCCAACUUAAACAUGGAAAGAAGACUGUGUAUACUAGGCAUCGAAGAUUUCUCAAACAGUAUCAUCCGUAUCGACGAUUGAAGAAGGCAUUCAAUGGAAGUCAAGAACAUGAAACCGCGCCAAAUCCAUUAACUGGCGAUGAAGUAUAUCAGUGGGUCAAGGAUGUCGUAAAUAUGUUCGGCAAGUCCCAAAAAAAACCAUCAUCCACUUCAAACAUUUGGAAAAAGAAGUCUAUUUUCUUUGAUCUUCCGUACUGGUCCGAUCAUCAUGUUAGGCAUUGUAUAGACGUCAUGCAUGUCGAGAAAAAUGUUUGUGAUUCUUUAAUUGGGACCCUCCUAAACAUUAAAGGCAAGACAAAGGAUGGUUUCAAGUGUCGUCAAGACUUGGUUGACAUGGGUAUACGUCAAGUGUUGCAUCCUAUCUCAAAAGGUAACAGGACAUAUCUGCCCCCAGCCUGUUACACAAUGUCAACAGCUGAAAAGAGAAGUUUUUGUGAAUGCUUGCGUAAUAUCAAAGUCCCACAAGGCUACUCUUCAAACAUCAAGAGUCUUGUGUCUGUGAAUGAGCUUAAGUUGGUUGGCUUGAAAUCACAUGAUUGUCAUGUGUUAAUGCAACAACUUUUGCCUGUUGCAAUCCGCGGAACAUUGCCUGAGAAGGUCCGUGUUGCAAUCAGUCGCUUGUGUUUCAUUUUUAAUGCUAUAUGUGCCAAGGUCAUUGACCCAAAACAGUUGGAUGCUUUGGAAGAUGAGGUUGUCGUUGUCCUUUGUCAAAUGGAGAUGUUUUUCCCUCCUUCAUUUUUUGACAUUAUGGUACACUUAGUUGUUCAUCUGGUAAAGGAAAUAAGGUGUUGUGGUCCUACGUAUUUUAGAUGGAUGUAUCCAGUUGAGCGGUACAUGAAGGUCUUAAAGGGUUAUACGAAGAAUCGACAUCGACCAGAGGCCUCAAUAGUGGAAAGAUACGUUGCUGAAGAAUGCAUUGAGUUUGCCUCACAGUACAUUGACUCAUUGAAACCUGUCGGUGUUCCUGCAUCCCGGCAUGACCAGCCAAUAGCCGGCAAGGGUACUCGUGGAUACAAUGUUGUGACAAUGACUAGACAUGACGUGUCACAAGCACAUUUACAAACAAUACUUGCUGAUAAAAGUGUUUCCAGACGACUGACAUUGUUAGCCAUUGGCCCAAAUUUGAAUGUCCCUACAUGGAAGGGGUAUGACAUUAACAAUUAUUCAUUCUACACAAAGUCCCAAGAUGAUAAAAAUUCGGUACAAAACAGUGGGGUCUGUGUUGAUGCUGAUUUGGAGCACUUUUCCAGUACAUCGGAUAACAACCCCAUUCGAGCAUCCAUGUCUUACUUUGGUGUCAUUCAAGAAAUUUGGGAGGUUGAUUAUACAUCAUUUAGAGUGCCUGUUUUUAAGUGUCAGUGGGUGAACGGGACAAUGGGUGUGUUUCAAGAUCCAUUGGGAUUUACUUUGGUAGACCUUAGUAAGGUGGCAUAUAUAGACGAACCUUUCAUUAUGGCAGCACAAGCCAGACAAGUUUUCUAUGUACAAGAUCCAUGUAAUUCAAGUUUGUCUGUGGCUCUGCAAGGAAGACCAAGUGGAAUGAAUUACCAUAAUGAUGAGUCAACCCUUGACAUUGGUCAAAUGUCUGGUUUUUCAAAACAAUUGCCUUCAAUGAAUGAAGCUGAUGAAGUGGAUGAUGGACAUGCAAAUCGUGUAGAUCAUGAUGAAGGUCUAUGGGAAAACAUCCCUACAGGCUGA